CCUGAAUUUCCGGCUUUUUCUUCAUACCUUUUCGCCUCCGAUACAAGAUUCUCAGGAGUCGACAAACAUUGAGGAAACGCUAUAACUCCAGGCCCUGGUGGAUCCCAAGUUGUCCAAUUGCUGAGUCGUGAUUGGGUGCGAUACGAGCGGUGGAAGCUGCUGCUGCUGAUCCGGUGGAAACUCCAAAUACGAGAAAUACCAUCCUCCACCCACACACCAUCUACACCUUUCUUCUCAACGCCACUCGGUCGUGACGCUUUCGCAGACGCUCUCGACUCACAGUACAAGGCGAUAUAGAAGUGUUUGAUCAAUUCGGCCAAUAUGGACGGCGAAAAUGUCCCUCUUAACGCAAGAUCGGCGCAGGCGUCGAGCAUUCAACUGGAUAAUGCACUCAGGGUCCUGCAUGAGAAGCGGCCGCCGCCUGAGAUUGACUUUACCUUACACACCAUGGAAGAUGGCUCGCAAGUGAGCACGUUAGAACGAGUCUGCAAAGACGUACAAGCACCCGCAGUUCACCCGCCUACCGACGAGCAGUUCUUCUCUCCCCAUGACCACUCCAAGCCCAACAUCCAAUUCCUGAAGCAGCACUUUUAUCGCGAGGGUCGCCUGACUGAGGAGCAAGCUCUAUAUAUCAUCCACAAGGGUACAGAGAUUCUGCGGUCCGAACCCAACCUGCUUGAAAUGGACGCUCCGAUCACCGUGUGCGGUGACGUCCACGGCCAGUAUUAUGACUUGAUGAAGCUCUUCGAAGUUGGUGGCGACCCCGCCGAGACAAGAUAUUUGUUCCUUGGAGACUACGUCGACAGAGGUUACUUCAGUAUCGAGUGUGUUCUAUAUCUGUGGGCACUCAAAAUUUGGUACCCCAACACGCUGUGGCUGCUCCGAGGAAAUCACGAAUGUCGACACUUGACCGACUAUUUCACUUUCAAGCUUGAAUGCAAGCACAAAUACUCCGAGGCCAUCUACAAUGCUUGCAUGGAAUCCUUCUGCGCUCUUCCGCUCGCCGCAAUCAUGAACAAGCAGUUCUUGUGCAUCCACGGUGGUCUCAGCCCCGAGCUGCAUACUCUUGAGGAUAUAAAAAGCAUUGACCGCUUUCGCGAACCACCCACCCAUGGCCUCAUGUGCGACAUCCUUUGGGCCGAUCCGCUUGAGGAAUUUGGCCAGGAGCGAACGUCCGAGUUCUUUGUCCACAACCAUGUUCGGGGCUGCUCGUACUUCUUCUCGUAUCCUGCGGCUUGCGCCUUCCUGGAGAAGAACAAUCUCCUAUCUAUUAUUCGCGCUCACGAGGCGCAAGAUGCCGGCUACCGCAUGUACCGCAAAACCAAGACGACCGGUUUCCCUAGUGUCAUGACCAUCUUCAGCGCCCCGAAUUAUUUGGAUGUCUAUAACAACAAGGCUGCCGUCCUCAAAUAUGAGAAUAAUGUCAUGAACAUUCGACAAUUUAACUGCACACCUCAUCCUUAUUGGCUGCCAAAUUUUAUGGAUGUCUUCACUUGGUCCUUGCCAUUCGUCGGAGAGAAGAUCACCGACAUGCUCAUCGCCAUCCUCAAUACCUGCUCCCGGGAGGAGCUGGAGGAAGAGACACCGAGCUCGGCUACCUCAGGUCCCGCCUCGCCCUUACCAAGUGACCCUGACUCUGUCGAAUUCAAGCGUCGCGCCAUCAAGAAUAAGAUUUUGGCUAUUGGCCGUAUCUCGCGUGUCUUCCAAGUACUCCGAGAGGAGUCGGAGCGUGUCACCGAACUUAAGACCGCCUCGGGCGGCCGUCUCCCCGCGGGUACUCUGAUGCUUGGCGCGGAGGGUAUCAAACAGGCCAUCAACAGCUUUGAAGAUGCUCGCAAGGUUGACUUGCAGAACGAACGCCUACCUCCGACCCAAGAAGAGGUCGCUCGACAGAGUGAAGAGGGUCGGAAACAGGCGCUUGAUAAGGCGAAUCGUGACGCUGAGAAUGACGUUCAAAUCAAUAACAUUGCUCGACGGAUUAGCAUGUCCGCUGGUGGAGGCCGGAGCAGAGGCGCUGCGAGAAGCACUAACCCUUAACUCAUGAUUUCUCUCCUUUUCCACGUAACCUCCAAGUCACGGGAAUACCCUCUGGCAAGCUUUGAAUGGUUUCUUUCAUGAUUCGGUUUCGAAUAGGACCAGCAUUAUCUUGUCUUCUUGUGUCGAUAUGUAAUGAUCCUUGGCUUUUGGUGGGAACGCUGUGCGUCAUACAAAGCUGAGAAAGUCCCUCACGAAGUUCCAUAUAGCAUGGUUGUUCAUCGGCUGUCAUUUUGAGUCAUUGGUUUGGCACGAGAAGCACUGUUACUGAUUUUUAUCUACCCUGUUUCGCUGUGGAUGUGAGGCAAUAAUACCUACAAUUUGAUAUUAUAUAUGUUGUAUGUCGCUG